UCCUGGGCGGGCGUGGAUUGAUUGGGGCAGUUUGAGGCAGCGGCAGGACGGAGGCGCAAGCGCGAGGAAGGCGGCCGUUGGCGGCGGGGCGCGAGGCGGAUGAAGUGAGAGGAGGAUUGGAAGCGUCCCUUUCCAGUCAGUGGGCGCCGCCGGGGCCUGGCUGAGAGCGGAGCCAUGGAGGGCGGAGGAGGAGGACGCGGCGGCGGUGGUGGUGGUGGUGGUUCCACGCGCGGAGCCGGCCGCGAGAGGAAGAAGGGCAAGAGCCCCGAGGAGACCCCCGCAGCCGGCGCCGCCGCAGGGGUCGGGGCAGAUCCAGGAGGAGGAGGAGGGAAACCCCGGAAGUUUAAUCUGAAGAGGGUGAUGGCAGAUGAGCUUGAGAGAUUCACCAGUAUGAGGAUAAAGAAGGAGAAGGAGAAGCCUAAUGUGGCUCAUAGGAAUUCCUCUGCUUCCUAUUCAGAUGUUCCUGGCUCAGGUCAGAUUCUUCAGGAAAUCUCAGAUGAGGAUGUGCUGGUCCUCUUUGAGCAGAUGCUGGUGGAUAUGAAUCUAAACGAGGAAAAACAGCAGCCUCUAAGAGAGAAAGAUAUUGGCAUCAAGAGAGAGAUGGUCUCCCAGUACCUGCAUACUUCAAAAGCUGGAAUGAAUCAAAAGGAGAGCUCAAAAUCUCCUAUGAUGAACAUCCAGGAACUGAAAUCUGGUCUCAGAGAUGCACAACUACUGAAUUGUUUGGAGUCUCUGCGUGUGUCACUCAACAAUAAUCCUGUCAGCUGGGUGCAAAAUUUUGGAGCAGAAGGCCUGAAUUGCUUACUGGACAUAUUGAAAGGACUUCAUGAUGAGAAGGAUGAAGCUUCUGGGCCAUAUGACACCCGAAUCAAACAUGAGAUUAUUAGAUGCUUAAAAGCUUUCAUGAACAAUAAGUUUGGAAUUAAGACCAUGCUUGAAACCGAAGAGGGGAUCCUGCUUUUGGCAAGAUCAGUUGACCCCAAAGUUCCUGCCAUGAUGAUUGAUGCUAUCAAACUACUCUCAGCCCUCUGCAUCUUGCCCCAACCUGUGGACCUGCAUGAACAUGUUCUGGGAGCACUGACAGAGCGAGCAGAAAUGGAUGAUGUAGAACGAUUUAAGCCUCUCUUGGAUGGCCUGAAGAGUGGUACCUCAGUGGCAUUAAAGGUAGCCUGUCUACAGUUGAUCAAUGCCCUGAUAAUUCCAGCAGAUGAACUUGACUUCAGAGUUCACAUCCGCAGUGAGCUGAUGCGUUCUGGACUUCAGCAGAUCCUCAAGGAACUGCGUGCUCUGGACAAUGAGGAGCUAACAGUGCAGCUGCAGCUAUUUGAAGAAUAUGGAGAAGAAGAUUCUGCAGAUCUCAGAGGCCGAUUGGAGGACAUCCGUAUAGAAAUGGAUGAGUUUGGUGAAGUCUUCCAGAUUCUUCUCAAUACUGUAAAGGAUUCUAAGGCAGAGCCACAUUUCCUCUCUAUUCUGCAGCACCUACUGCUAAUCCGCAAUGAUUAUGAGGCAAGGCCUCAAUAUUUUAAGCUGAUUGAUGAGUGCAUUUCACAGAUAGUCCUGCACAAAAAUGGUGCUGAUCCAGACUUCAAGUGCAAGCAUCUUGAUCUUAAUAUUGAAGGACUAAUAGAUAACCUGAUUGAUCAAACUAAGGUUGCAAAAAGUGAAGCUAAAGCCAUAGAACUGGAAAAGAAGCUGGAUUCUGAGUUGACAGCACGUCAUGAACUGCAAGUUGAAAUGAAGAAAAAGGAAAACGAUUUUGAACAAAAAUUACAAGAUUUGCUUCAAGAGAAAGAAACGUUGGAAUCAGAGAAACAGCAGGUCACGUCAGAGAAGCAAAGCCUAGAAAAUACUGCCUCCUUGCUGAAUGAUAAAAUUACUUCACUGACAGAAGAGCUUGAGGAGACUAAGAAGAAAAUGGAACACAUCACUUCUUCAUCUGUGGAACAAGUGGCUGGAGGGGCAAAAGGUUUCCUUCCUCCUCCUCCACCGCCUCCUCUCCCUGGAGGAGCAGCAGUACCUGCCCCACCACCUCUUCCCCCAUCUCUCCCUGGAGGGGCAGAAGUGCCUCCCCCACCACCUCUUCCUGGAGCAACAGUAGUGCCUCCUCCACCACCUCUCCCUGGAACAUCAGGAAUACCACCACCGCCACCACCUCCUCUUCCUGGGAUGGCAGGGAUACCACCACCACCACCUCUACCAGGGAUGGCAGGAGUGCCUCCUCCACCUCCGCCUCUUCCUGGCAUGGUAGGAGUGCCUCCUCCACCACCACUACCAGGGAUGGGAGGAAUGCCACCUCCGCCUCCGCCUCUUCCUGGCAUGGUAGGAGUGCCUCCACCACCACCUCUACCAGGGAUGGCAGGAAUGCCACCUCCACCUCCGCCUCUUCCUGGCAUGGCAGGAGUGCCACCUCCUCCGCCGCCUCUUGGAGUGCCGCCGCCACCCAUGCCACCUGGAUUUGGGGCUAUGGCACCUGCAGCUCCAGCUCUUCCAUUUGGAUUGACUCCAAAGAAGCUUUACAAGCCAGAAGUUCAGCUACGGAGAACUAACUGGUCCAAGAUUACAGUUCAGGAGUUAUCAGAAGGCUGUUUCUGGGUCAAAGCUAAGGAGGAUCGUUUUGAGAAUGAUGAACUCUUUGCCAAACUGACUCUUACCUUCUCAACUGCACAGGCCAAAUCCAGGGCAAAGAAACUACAGGAGAAUGAAGAGGAGAAGGGACAAUCUAAGAAGAAGGUCAAGGAGCUGAGAGUGCUGGAUUCAAAGAAUGCACAGAACCUUUCAAUUUUUUUGGGUUCCUUCCGCAUGCCUUACGAAGAGAUCAAGAAUGCUAUCCUGGAGGUGAAUGAAGCUGUGUUGACUGAGUCCAUGGUGCAGAACCUGAUUAAAUUAAUGCCAGAACCAGAUAAACUGAAGAUGAUAGCAGAACUGAAGGAUGAAUAUGCUGAACUACCUGAGCCUGAGCAAUUUGGAGUUGUGAUUAGUUCAGUUCCACGCCUGAUGCCCCGCCUUAGUGCCAUCCUCUUCAAGCUACAGUUUAAUGAACAAGUGGAAAACAUCAAGCCAGAGAUAGUUGCUGUGACAGCAGCCUGUGAGGAAGUCCGUAAAAGUGAAAACUUCUCCAAUUUACUUUCCAUCAUUCUUCUGGUGGGCAAUUAUAUGAAUUCUGGCUCCAUGAAUGCUGGCGCAUUUGGUUUCAACAUCAGUUUCCUCUGCAAGCUUCGAGACACAAAGUCAGCUGACCAGAAAUUGACCUUGCUGCACUUUUUGGCAGAAAUAUGUGAGCAGCAGCAUCCUGAAGUACUGAUGUUUCCUGAUGAACUCAUCCAUGUGGAGAAGGCUUGUCAAGUUUCUGCUGAAAAUUUACGGAAAAGCCUAGAUCUGAUGAAGAAGCAGAUUUCAGAUGUGCAGCGUGAUAUUGACAACUUCCCCAGCACUACAGAAGAGAAAGAUAAAUUUGCAGAGAAAAUGACCAGCUUUGUUAAAGAGGCCCAAGAGCAGUAUGAGAAGCUACGGAUGAUGCACUCAAACAUGGAAAACCUUUAUAAGGAAUUAGGACAAUACUUCUUGUUUGACACCAACAAAAUAUCAAUUGAGGAGUUCUUCACUAAUCUGCGCAACUUCAGAAGCAUGUUUGUGCAAGCAGUAAAGGAGAACCAGAAGCGGCGGGAGACAGAAGAGAAGAUGCGUAGAGCUAAACUAGCCAAAGAGAAGGCAGAGAAGGAACGACAAGAGAAGCAACAGAAGAGAGAGCAACUGAUUGAUAUGAAUGCAGAGGGCGAUGAAACAGGAGUUAUGGACAGUCUGUUGGAGGCCUUGCAGUCAGGAGCAGCCUUCCGUAGAAAAAGAGGACCGCGUCAAGCAAACUCUCUCCUGUCCCUUUGUGAGAUGGAGGAGGAUACACCUGAGCGGCAAACAGAAAAGUUGGCUGUGCUGUCACCUCAUUGUUAGCUUCAGAGCUGACCAAGGAAGAUGCCCUCGGUGGAUACAAGGCAAACAAAAUGCUCAAAAAGGAUGAGGAUGGAGAAAGCCUUGCUGGAGAAGCUCCUGAUGAAACCACACAAGGGGCAGGCAGUCGUCAGAACUAGUGUUGAAUGCC